AUGCUGCCUGCUGCCCUCAGAGCGAGGUUUGCACCCGGCUGGCGCCACCAGCUGGGUCGCCUGGCGCAAGCCCAUCCCUCGCUUUCGCGGCCCCGUUGCGCCCCACCCGAACCGCAAUUGCCGGAUCCCGGCUGUAGCGCCGAUGGUGCCAAUUUGGGACCCAGCGCCGCGGGUAUGGAUGCGGGGCAGCUGGACGUGAAGGCCCCUCUUCGCGAUCGCCCGCCGCGCCACAUCGUGGAGCUGUCGGACCUGAUGGCGUGGAGGAGACGUGCGGAGUCACACAUAAAGGAGGUCGGAGACUCGCUGCUGCUGGCUGAUGGAGGACCAUCGGCUUCUGAACUGAAGGUGCAGACUCUUCUUCUACUGGGGUCAUGUGCCACAGGUGGCAGGGGUCCUCGUUGGCAAAAUUCAUCAGAACAUGACAGCCCCUGCACAUCCACGGAACCUCGAUGCCCGCCGCUACUAACAACCGUAGGGAUUUUUUACCAGCGAUUUGUCGUUCUCCACCAACGCCCUGAUUAUUGUCGUUGUGGCCACAACAGAUAA